AUGGUUCUUAUGAAGCUUGGAAUAUCUUUCAAACGUAUGCCUUCCAUGCCAGCAAUUUCAUCUGCUAAUAUCGUAUUCAAGUAUCCAUUGGUCAAAAAGCCACAAGCACUGGUAGUGUUGAAGAUCAAAUUGGGAUGCAGCCAAAAAGGACCUUCUUGGCUGCAUGUCAAUUUGAUAUUCAACACUACCAGUGCUUGUGGCUUCUUGACCUACACACAGUAUGCCAAGCUCAUUGAGAAGGGAUACGUGCCCCUUAAAGAUGCUAGUUACCUUACCAAUGGAUACUUGAAUACGAUAUUAGCAGAUGAAAUUCCUGGCAUGGAAGGCAUACGUUUGAAAGAUAUUCCAAGCUUCAUAAGAACCAUGAGUCUAGACGAAUAUAUGGUUAAAUUUGCAUUGCAGGAAACUCAGAGGGCACUUAGAGCUUUUGCCAUUAUUUUGAAUUCAUUUGAAGACCUAGAACAAGACUGCAUAAAGACACUGUCAUCUAUUUUGCCUCCAGUUUAUGCCAUUGAGCCCUUGCACUUUCUCCAGAAAGAUGUCAAAGGUAGAAGUCUAGAAAUUAUUAGAUCAAAUCUUUGGAAAGAUGAUCAACACUAUCUUGAAUGGCUAUUGGCUCGAUUCAAAAGAGCCUACCUAUUGUCUAUGUACGUAAAUUUUCGAAGCAUAAUAGUCAUGACACCUAAACAACUCAUUAAAUUUUCUUGGGGCCUUGCAAAUAAUAAUCGAACUUUCCAGUGGAUCAUAAGGUCGGGUCUUGUAUCAGGGGACGAUGCAAUUCUUCCACCGAAAUUUUUUGAAGCCACCAAAGAAAGAAGUCUGCUGGCAAAUUGGAGCCCUCAAGAGAAAGAGCCACCAUUCCAUUGGAGGAUUCUUAACUCCAGUGGAUAG